AUGGUUUAUGAAAAGAUUGAAGGUGCGUGGCUUGAAGAUGGUAAGGGUCUAACCAACUGGGAUGUCUUCAGUCAUAUACUAGGAAAUAUCAGAAAUAAUGAGAAUGGAGACAUAGCAGACGACCAUUAUCACCGCUACUAUGGGAUUCAGCCUUUUGUGACCAUAAAGCAUCAUGACAUCCCACAAGAACUUGAAGACAAAUAUGGUGGUUGGCUUAGUCCCCUAAUACAGAGAGAUUUUGUUCAUUUCUCUGAGAUUUAUUUUAAGAGCUUCGGAGACAAGGUUAAGUACUGGACUACCAACAAUCAGCCAAACAUAGAAGCAGAUACAUCAUAUUUAAGGGGAAAAUUCCCACCAGGUCAUUGUUCACCACCUUUUGGAAAUUGUUAUGCAGGUACAAGGCAAGUAUCUUCUUCAACUUCUGAACCAGAAAUUAACCCAGUAACAGAUGCAUUUACACGAGUGGCAGAAGCUCUUAGAGAACAAACGGUGACUAAUCAACAAAUUAUUCAGGAGUUGAGGGAGGAUCGUGUGAUCCGAAAACACACCCAUAACUCUGAAAGUGAGAAUGGACCUAGAACUGCAGAUACUCAGGGAGGACUUAAUUCUGAUUAUAAAGGACUCAUUGAAUUUCGUAAGCAUAAACCUUCCACUUUUUGUGGAGACUAUAACCCUGAGGCAGCCAUGGAAUGGGUGAAAGAACUUGAGAAAAUAUUCCUAGUAAUGGACUGUCCUAAUACUCAUCGUGUAAAUUUUUCCACAUACUUGUUGAUUGGAGAAGCAGAGCAUUGGUGCAGAGACAUUGAAGCAAGCAUGAAGGAAGCUGAGGAGGGAAGAGAGAAAGACAGAGUUUCAAGCCGGAGAAAGAACGAUGACAACAACAAAGGGAGAUUUUCACACGCACAAAACUCAGGGAAUAACUUUGUUAACAACAGAGGAAGGAAGAAUAUAGGACAGAUGAAUUCUCAGAUUCAGAAUUCAUCAACUCAACCUGCAACCAGAGGAAGAGUUUUCACUCUUGGUGGUCAGGAAGCGGCUCAAACUUCAAAUUUGGUUCAAGGGGUUGGUCUAAUACAAGAUUCUCUUAUAACUGUACUGUUUGAUUAUGGGGCUACUCAUUCUUUCAUAUCUUUAUCUUCUACUCAAAAGUUAAAGUUACCAAUAUCCAUUUUAUCCUCUUAUCUUGAAAUCUUUCUUCCUACUGGAGAGAAAAUUACCACAUUUCAAGUCUGUAAAAAUUGUCCUCUUCAAAUUGAAGGGAAAGAGUUUAAAAUAGAUUUAGUUUGUUUGCCUAUGAUUGGCAUUGAUGUAGUCCUUCGUAUGAAUUGGUUGUCUGCAAACUGUGUGGUCAUUGAUUGUCAUAAUAAAAAGAUAAUUUUCACAAAAGAGUCAGAAUUACCAAAUGAAUUUUUAUUCUUGUCAACUUCCCAACUUAGGAAAAAUUUGUUAGAUGGAGCACAAGGGUAUGUUCUCUUUAAUCUUUCAGAAGCAAAGGCUAAACCUGAUGCAAACAGUAUCCCUAUUGUCUCUGAAUACUCAGAGGUUUUUUCGGAUGAAAUUCCAAGUUUACCCCCAAAUAGAGAAAUUGAAUUUUCCAUUGACCUAAUACCUGGAGUAGGGCCAAUUUCUAUUGCACCCUAUAGGAUGUCACCUAUAGAGCUUGUUGAACUAAAGAAACAAUUAGAGAAACUAAUUAAGACUGAAGAUAUUCCAAAAACAGCCUUUAGGACUAGGUAUGGACAUUAUGAAUAUCUGAUAAUGCCUUUCGGGUUGACAAAUGCUCCAGCAGUAUUUAUGGAUUAUAUGAAUAGAAUUUUUAGACCUUACCUAGAUCAAUUUGUAGUGGUGUUUAUAGAUGAUAUUUUAAUAUAUUCUAGGAAUAAAGAAGAGCAUAAGGAGCAUUUAAGGAUAGUAUUACAAAUUUUGAAAGAUAAGCAAUUGUAUGCCAAACUUUCAAAAUGUGAAUUCUGGAUGGAAGAAGUUAAGUUUUUAGGGCAUGUUAUUUCAAAAGAAGAAGUGACAGUUGAUCCUAGUAAAAUUGAGGCUGUAAUACACUGGGAGAGACCUAAGACUAUCAUUGAGAUUAGGAGUUUUCUAGGAUUGGCAGGAUAUUACAGAAGAUUUAUUAAGGGAUUUUCACAACUAGUGUUACCUUUAACUAGGUUAACUAGAAAAGGAGUUCCUUUUGUUUGGACACAAGAAUGUGAAGAUUGUUUUCAAGAUUUGAAGAAUAAAUUAACAUCUGCACCAAUUUUAAUAAUCCUUGAUCCUUUAGGAAAAUUUGAAAUUUACAGUGAUGCAUCUAAGAAGGGAUUAGGAUGUGUCUUAAUGCAAGAAAGAAAAGUUGUAGCUUAUGCAUCAAGACAAUUGAGACCAUAUGAGGAAAAUUAUCCAACUCAUGAUUUAGAAUUAGCCGCAGUAGUUUUUGCCCUUAAAAUUUGGAGGCAUUAUUUAUAUGGAGUCAAGUUUGAGGUUUUUAGUGAUCAUAAGAGUCUUAAAUAUUUAUUUGACCAAAAAGAAUUGAAUAUGAGGCAAAGAAGGUGGAUGGAAUUUUUGAAAGACUAUGAUUUUGAACUUAAAUACCAUCCAGGAAAAGCUAAUGUGCAAGCCUUUGGAACUAAGUUAAGACUUAGUACAACAUAUCAUCCUCAGACUGAUGGUCAAACUGAGAGAACCAUUCAGACUUUAGAGGAUAUGCUAAGAGCUUGCAUCCUUGAAUAA